CUCUCUCCCUCACUCUCUCCCUUCCCCUCACUCUGCAGAGUGCAGCCGAACAGAAAGUAGCCUCUCGCCUCCGCUGCUGUGGAGCCAGGCGGAUGUUGCUGAGCACUGCAGACGCAAAAGUGCAAAAUUUAGCAGGGAUCUGGAAAGUGUGAGAGUGUGAAGGAGAAGUGGAGUAAAGAGGAGAGGCGAGGCAGACUGUCUCCCUCCUUCACCCGGUGGGCUUUUCUGCAGCAUCCUUCCACUUCAUCAUGGAUCUCUGGAGUAAAAAAGUCUGGGGAAUUAUUACGCAGGUCACCCUGAUACUUUUCACCUCGCACAUGGUGACAAGAGGAGAGGUGUGUCACAGUCCGCUGGUAUCCAAUCUACUGCCAUUGUCCUUCAGAAGCUCCUCACAGUUGUCGGGCAGCCAUGGGCCGGGCUUUGCUAAGCUGAACCGGAGAGAAGGAGCUGGAGGUUGGUCUCCUCUGAGUUCAGACAGAUAUCAGUGGUUGGAGGUCGACCUGGGUGGGCGUACACAAAUCACUGCUGUUUCUACGCAGGGCCGCUACGGCAGCUCUGAUUGGCUGACGGCCUACCUGUUGAUGUUCAGCGACACGGGACACAACUGGAAACAGCAUCGACAGGAAGACAGUAUAGGGGCUUUUCCAGGUAACAGUAACGCAGACAGUGUGGUCCAGCACAAGCUCCAGCAUCCAGUGAUCACCCGCUACGUCCGACUGAUCCCCCUGGACUGGAACCCCAAUGGUCGGAUUGGACUCAGACUUGAGACCUAUGGAUGUCCUUACAACUCAGAUGUGGUGAGCCUCGAUGGCCAGAGCAGCCUUCUCUAUAGGUUGAGUCCCAGGCCAAAACAGAUGACCAAAGAAAGCAUCUCUCUGAUAUUUAAAACCCUGAAGAACUCUGGGACACUCCUUCACGCAGAGGGACAGAGCGCACACAGCCUCACCCUAGAGUUAGAAAAAGGAAAGCUUCUCCUGCUCCUCCGACAAGGCAGGAGUUCUUCUCCCGACAGUCACCAUCUGGUGUCUCUGGGCAGCCUGUUAGACGACCAACACUGGCACCACGUCGCAGUGGAGCAUCACAGCACUCACCUCAACCUCACCGUGGACAAAAGCACACUUUGGGUGCAGAUCCCACCAACAUUCACCCACUGGGACCAUAGCCAGAUGAGUGUGGGAGCAGAGCAGGGCCUCGGCUCUCGGAGGUCAAUCGGGCCAAACAGAAAUUUCCACGGCUGUUUGGAAAACCUGGUUUACAACGGCGUGAACCUGGUAGACCUCGCUAAACAGAAAGACCAGCGGGUCACUGUGAAGGGCAAUGUGACCUUUUCUUGUGCUGAACCCGUUUUUGUUGCCAUGACGUUCACUGGUCCCCAGAGCUUCCUCUGGUUGCCAGGAGUGACAGAACUAUCAUCAACAGCAACGUCGGUGGGGCUUCAGUUUCGGACGUGGAACAAGGCAGGGCUGCUGCUGACAUUUAAUCUCCCAAAGCAAGGGGCUGUUGUCUGGCUGUACCUGAGCAGAGCCAGGCUCCAUCUACAGAUCCUCAAGUCGGGCAGGGCACCGCUGGAGCUCAGUGCAGGUUCGGCUCUAAAUGACGGUCAGUGGCACUCUGUGGAGCUGAUCUCAAGACAAGGACAUCUGACUGUCUCUGUGGACGAAGGGGAAGGAGCCACUGCUCAUGCCAGUCCCCCGUUUCUUGUUACCACGGGAAGUCAACUUUUCUUUGGCGGUUGCCCUGCUGAAGGGAGCAGCCAGGAUUGUAUGAACCCCUUCAAGGCUUUCCAGGGCUGCAUGCGUCUACUGACUGUGGACAACCAGCCAGUGGACUUGAUCAUGGUGCAGCAGAGGCUGAUGGGAAACUACAGUAACCUGCAGAUCGACAUGUGUGGCAUCAUUGACAGGUGUUCUCCGAGUCAUUGUGAACACGGAGGCAGCUGCAGUCAAUCAUGGAGCACUUUCCACUGUAACUGUUCCAGCACCGGCUACAGCGGAGCCACCUGUCACAGCUCGAUAUUCGAGCAGUCCUGUGAGGCGUACAAACACAAAGGCAACAUGUCGGGAUAUUAUUACAUUGAUGUGGAUGGCAGCGGACACAUCAGACCACAGCUAAUAUACUGCGACAUGACAGAGGACAAAACGUGGAUGGUGAUCCAGCACAAUAACACAGAUCUGACGACAGUCCGACCGUCGCCGGGAAAGAAUCAGCACAUGGCUCACUUUGAAUACACAGCUGAGGAGAAGCAGCUGGCGGCCGUCAUUGGCCAAUCGGAGCACUGCGAACAGGAACUGACCUACCACUGCAGGAAGUCACGCCUCCUAAACACACCGGACGGCCCUCUGCCCAGCUGGUGGGUGGGGGGUCCAGGUGCAGGACAGGUGCAGACGUAUUGGGGCGGGGCUCCUCCAGGCAGCCAGCAGUGUUCCUGCGGCCUGCAGGAGAACUGUGUGGACCCCAAACACUACUGCAACUGUGAUGCUGACCGCACUGAAUGGGCUAAUGACUCGGGCCUGCUGACCCAUAAGGAGACCCUCCCUGUCAGAUCUCUGGUGCUGGGUGAUGUCCAGAGGCCAGGUUCAGAAAGUGCCUACAGAGUGGGGCCUCUCCGUUGUCAUGGAGACGAAAAUGUCUGGAAUGCUGCAUUCUUUGACAAAGAGACGUCGUACCUCCACUUUCCCACAUUCCACGGAGAGCUGAGCGCAGACAUCUCCUUCCUGUUUAAAACCACUUCAUCCUCCGGCAUCUUCCUGGAAAACUUGGGCAUCAAAGACUUCAUUCGGAUUGAACUCAGCUCGUCCACCGAGGUCCUCUUCUCCUUUGAUGUGGGUAACGGUCCGUUGGAGGUUCGUGUGAAGGCUGGCUCCCCGCUGAACGACAACAGGUGGCAUCGCAUUCGAGCAGAGCGUAACGUUAAAGAGGCAUCGCUUCGCCUCGACGAGCUCCCCACUGCCACGCAGGAGGCUCCUGCUGAUGGGCACAUCCACCUGCAGCUGAACAGCCAGUUAUUUAUAGGAGGCACGGCGUCCAGGCAGAAGGGCUUUCGGGGUUGCAUUCGCUCUCUGCAGCUGAAUGGCGUCACCCUGGACCUGGAGGAGAGAGCAAAGAUCACCCCCGGGGUUCAGGCGGGAUGUCCAGGCCACUGCAGCAGCUAUGGCUCACUCUGCCAGAACCAAGGCCGCUGUGUGGAGAGGCCAAACAGCUUUUCCUGUGACUGUGGCCCGUCUGCUUAUACUGGAGCCUUCUGCGAAAGAGAGGUUUCAGCCAGCUUCAAGUCGGGAACAGCCGUCAGCUACACCAUCAAGGAGCCGGUGUCUAAUGAGCUGAACAGGAGCAGCAGCAGCAGCGCCCUGCCCUCCUCCAUAUCCUCUGACAUGACCCUGAGAGCAGAAAACGUCUCCCUGAGCUUCAGAACCAGCCAGAGUCCCGCUCUGCUCCUCUACGUCGGCUCCUACCACAGAGAGUACCUGGCUCUGCUGCUCAACAAGCAUGAUAUGCUGGAGGUGAGAUACAGACUGGACAGCAGCAAAGAUGUAGAGAUCCUGAGAAGCAAAGUGAGGAACCUCGCCAACGGACAGCUACAUGCUGUCACCAUCAGCAGACUGGCAGACGCCGUCUCUGUGCAGAUUGACAAGAACAAUAAAGAGGACUUCAACCUGACAUCUGAUGUAGAAUUCAAUGCCAUCAGGUCACUGGUCCUCGGCAGAGUGCACGACUCUGGUGAGUUGGAUCCGGAGCUGUCUCAGCUUGCCUCUCUGGGUUUCACAGGCUGUCUGUCUGCCGUCCUCUUUAACUCCAUCAGCCCUCUGAAAGCUGCUCUGCUCCACCCAGUCCCCAGCCCCGUCAUCGUUACUGGCCCACUGGUCCAGUCCAUUUGUGGCUCCAAUUCAGCCAAUCCCUAUGCAGCGGAAACGACACACCACCUAUCAGGCCAGUCUGGAUCAGUGGGAAGAGGUCAGCCUUUGGUGAAUGCCAUCAGGAGUGACUCAGCUCUGAUUGGAGGUGUGAUAGCGGUGGUGAUCUUUGUGACCGUGUCUGCAUUAGCCAUAAUGGCCCGUGUCCUCUACAGGAGGAAAGGGACGUGUCAGAGCCAGGAAGUAAAAACAGUAAAGCCAGAAGACAGCCCGGAGUUGGCAUUCAGCAGCCAGACCAGCUCACAGAACGGUCCGAGUGAGAACCAGAAAGAAUAUUUUAUUUAGGUUUAGAUGGAGAUUCGGAGCUGAGGAGAGACAGCGAUGCCUUGUCAAGCCUCAGUGCUUUACACUACAAACUGAGCCCGAGCAGAGGCUCAACAGGAAGACACAAACAGAACUAAUACACUCAUGUUCUGUAUUCUUUUGUUUUGUUUUUGCUUCUGUGGUUGUAUUUUUGUAAAGACUGUAUAUAGAUGCACAUGGAACGUGUUGAAUUUAUAAUACAUCAAUACUGUCAGUAGAAUUGUUAAUAUUUUCUUCCUACCAAUCAGUCUUUUCUCUGUCCUAUUGAAAUGUUUGAAAUGACUAAAUGAGGAACUGUAUGAGGAACUCAUGGGAUUGUUGGGUCCGAGGUGAUUUAAAUACAUUUUCCAACAUGGAAAAUGAAUGUUUGCUGUUUUGAGUGAGAGAGCCUAGUUAUUUAAAUUUCCAGUUGUUUAUGUUUUUUCGUUUUGUUUUUUUGCACCUUCUUUAUGAAGUAUGGCAAAGCAAAAUGUAUCCGUUCACAUUUCUCAUUUUCUCAAAAAGUUUAACCCACCAUGAUUCUCUUUCAUUAUAUUGCAGCUUCAAGAAAAACUUAACUCUGAUGAAUUAUUACUUUUAUAUUUCUUUUGCUUUAUAUUCCUUUCUUUCUGUGGCUCUCCUGCCUCCAGCUCUCAGUGUAGUUCUGAAUAGUAAAGGUAUUGAGGCAGAUGAAGUUACUGUGGACUUUCUGUUCCCAACACAAUUCCAACUAAAACAUUUUAUGGAGAGGAGAGGACAGGCAGCGACUACAGCACACGGGAGUCGACUGGCGGUGAAACCCCUUAUACACAAGGACAUUUCAAUCCCCCUUUUUAGUCAAAGACUUUUACUGUAUCUGUGUUUUAGAUGUUUUUGAAUGCAUUAGGCUUUUAUGUGUUUUAUCAAAUAAACGUGUUAAACUCUG